UCGACGCGUGGAGUGGUGCUGGCUCUGAUUCAUUCGUGGAUUGGUUUGAUUCUCUUGCACUAGACACUGGAUCUUGGGGGGGAAAUCAUCGUCAUGAACAUAAACGGUUCCUGCCUAAGAGACAACAAAAGAUAAGACAAAUACUAGGUAUCAUUCUGAUCGUGCUAUCUACCCCAGUGGUGAUAUUCUCCGCGUAUGGACCACUUGUGCGCUUUCUGCUAUCGUCACUUGCUGUAGAGAAGAAAAACCAUGACUAAGCCGACGGACAUGCAACUAAAGCAAACUUGAAGCUCGCGUUGAACUUAUUCUACGACGUAACUCAACUUCACUCCUCAAUAGGCUUGUUGUGGAUAUUUAUUCAAGGGUUUGCUGAUAUUCUGCUCAUAAAUUCUGUCAGCCAACAACAUAGUUUCAGCCCCAAUGUAAUUGGUGCAUAUUUGCGCAAAACCAAACACAGAUGUCUAAAGACCACCGUGUCAGCAACAAGUUGGAAUUUGGUCACCUAUGGUGCUGGCUUGCUGGAUUCCAGCUUACCAGAGGAAUAUGCGGCUGGAGGGAGGGUACUAACAAUGGUGAUUGAUAAGGAUGUACCAUUACAUUUAAGACGGCUGCUGAUUGGGUCACCGAGACAAAGAAUUCAGAAGCUGAUCGGAAGCCUUGCUUGGAGAAGCCCAGCCGACCGAGAGAUGAGAUGGCUUGCAACAAGGAUUGUGGAGCACCUCGCUGGCGAUCUCAACCUUGCUCACUUUCCAGGAGCAUUGGAAUGUAUAUCCUCCCUCCUCGACCACAAAGCACUACAUUUACCAUUUAUACCUGGGCAAAGGGAGGAUGGUGAAGGAAUUGAUAAGGACCUGCUUUUGCCAGGAUUGAGAAUUCUAGAGAACCUGGCACAUGACACACAUAACUGCACACUGAUAUACAACUCCAAGGGUCUUCUUUCAAAAAUUGUUGCUCCUGUCAGCUCCAACGAAUUAGUAGAAGAUAUCAAGAGCAGCGCUGCAUGGACCAAGGUAGCAGAUGGGUCAUUGAAACUGGUGAGCCGCCUCAUGGGUUCUUCAGGAAGCACCGGCCAAAACAUGUGCAGACUAAUUGCGAACAAUAGUAAUGCAGUCAAAAACUUGGAGGUUGUUCUGGACAUGGACAUGAACAACAACAGCGGUAUCAUAGAGCUACACAUGCAAGCUCUAGAGGUUCUUACACAACUAGCCUUGCAUGAUCCAACAAAUACUUCUGUGACGACAAGAGAAAAACUUAUUGAGAGGGCUCUACACAUCUUCCUUACUGCAGAUUGGAUGGAAGACUAUUUGAAAGAUGAAAAAAAGAAGAUUUCCAAACCAACUACAAGCCAACAAAAUACUUUGCCAAGAUUGUCAACGGGAACAUGGAUGGAUAACCACAUUAAAAAGGCUAGAGAGAAGAGGGCCAAACAAGCAAGAGAAACGCGUGUGGAAAAGAAGAUGAAAGAAGUUCAGGAAACUGCAAGCCGGCUUAAAGAAAAGGCUGGUGAAGCAUUGGCCAUGUUGUCCAGUGAUUCAGAGGCUAUCAAGAGCUUCACAGGAUGCGACGAUGAUAUCUAUCGCCUUACUGAAUUACUCGACUGCAAUAUCAAGACCAUCCAAUGCAAAAUAAGUACAACAGAUACUGUGGAAAUAGAUAUUAACACGGGCUGUCGUAUUAGCGCAGGAGCCAUCUUGAAGAAUUUAAGCAACUACGUCAAGGCACCAACCUUACGGAAGGUAUUCGAACAAUUGCUUCCAGUAGAACAAGACGAGCCUUUCACUUCCUGGACCCCCAACAAGCAGUGUGGGGAUAGGAGUCUGCAAGCGGAGCUGUUAUCAUUCGUCGCUGCGAUCCGUGCAAACAACAAUCUUAAUCUUGCAGGAAUCUUACUUUCGCAGACGCCGGCGCCGGAUACCCUGGAAGACUUUGUGAUGAGGCUGAAGAAGAUGGUGGAGGACAACAUGUAUGCCACCCCUGCGUGCCUGGCGAUACAAAAGCUUACUUGUGAGCUGGUUAUAGAAUUCAUCAAGGAUGAUCGAAACAUCGAAAUGAUCGACAGACACAAUAUCGUUGCAACAUUACUGGAGGCUUCAGAGGUGAUGGGUUGUCUUGAGAGUAGAAUGCUUUUCGCUGGUGUCGAUCGUGACUGCCACGGGGUUCCUCUGAAGCCUCUUUCUUCUGUUCUCUCUAAAAAUGCCGAAGAUCUUCUGGCACAGAGGAAACAGGCUCUGGGUAUCAAACUAUCAACAUUGUGCCUGCCAGUGCACCAAUACCGUGAUUGCUGCAUCACAAAGUAUCUUUGCAUGUUAAAAACACUUGAACGAGUAUUGAAUUCUUGAUGUGAUGUAUAAUUGUUUUUUUCUUCUUCUUUAGUUUCCUUUGCGGAUUUGUGAGGCUUCGUAAUUAACAACUGGCGUAGUGGGCAUCAACAUUGGACCUGCUGGUGUAUCAAUUCAGCUUGGAGUUGCCAACUAAUGUCCUGCUGGA